GGGCGUGGCUUUCACUGCGCAUAGACGUCACCAACUGUAUAAAGAUGGGGCAGCUCAUUUUGCGCGUGACCGACGUUCCUUGUUUUGGAUUUGACGAAUUAACCGAGACAGAAAAUCCUUCAUUAGUGUGUCAUGGCACGUACUAAACAGACCGCCCGUAAGUCCACUGGUGGCAAAGCCCCCAGGAAGCAGCUCGCCACCAAGGCGGCCAGGAAGAGUGCGCCCUCCACAGGUGGAGUCAAGAAACCCCACAGAUACCGCCCUGGUACUGUGGCUCUUCGUGAGAUCCGUCGGUACCAGAAGUCCACAGAGUUGCUGAUCCGCAAGCUUCCGUUCCAGCGUCUGGUUCGUGAGAUCGCUCAGGACUUCAAGACUGACCUGCGUUUCCAGAGCGCUGCCAUUGGGGCUUUGCAGGAGGCAAGUGAAGCAUACCUGGUGGGUUUGUUUGAGGACACCAACUUGUGUGCCAUCCAUGCCAAACGUGUCACCAUCAUGCCCAAAGACAUCCAGCUUGCCCGUCGAAUCCGUGGAGAGCGUGCUUAAACUCUGUGCUCAAUUUUUUUGUGUGGAGGAUUAUAUGGGGGUGGGGUUUGU